AUGGCAGCGUGUGCUAUCCCCCUCGUGGCGCUGGGUGUCUGUGGCGCCAUUGGCGAGUCGUGCAUCCUCUUCACCGUGGGAAAGUUUGGCGUACUCACGACAUCCAUGGUUGCGAUGUUGCAGAAGGCUCUGAUCAUUGCAAUUUCAGUGACAGUGUUUCAGCACACCUUGAGCGGGAUGCAGGUCUCCAUCGCGCUGGUUGUCGCGCUGGCCAAAGGACGGUCUGUGGCCCACAACGCACUUGGCGAAUGCCAUUUGUUGCUGCAGGAUGACGAAGAUGUCAAUAGUGCCGUGGAAGUUGCUUCAAAACAAGUGGAUGACAGUUGA